CCUUGGUAAUCAGCGGCUGAGCGCUUUCCAUCAUUUCUCUUUAAAACCUUCAGGGGGAAAAACGUGCUGAUAACCGAGCAAACAUGUUCUGCAGACGGGCAUGGCAGAGAGUCGGGCCGCUGGCACGGAGGGCUUUUAAGCCCGCACCCAGAUACACCCCGGUUCGACACAUGGCCUUCGGUGUUCCCGGCGGCUCCACCAACAUGACGUACUUUGUUUUGUGUGGCGGAGGCCUCACCGCUGCAUUCGUCUAUGCGUACAAGACAGUCAACGGUGACACCGAGCGUUACGAGGAAAGACUCGCCAACAUGGGCUCCACGGCAAAGGCUCCUUCAGAGACAGCAGCACCAGAAGCAGCUCCACCUGCAGCUGAACCUGCACCAGUGGAGGAGGAAGCACCUGCUGCUGAGGUCGCCGCCGAGUCUGCCCCUGCUACUGCAGAACCUGUGGCAGAGACAUCCGCCGAGCCUGUUGCGGAAGCUGCGUCUGAAGAAGCGGAAGCCGCCGCGGUCUCUGAGGUGGUCGUUACUGAGGCAGCAGCUGAGUCAGCAGACACAGAAGAAGCCGCUCCACCUGCGGAAGCACAGGUGGUUCUCGAAGCAGCUGUGGAGGCACCGGCAGAGGCACUGGUAGCAGAAAGCACUGAGUCCGUGCCAGAUCUGUUCGCAGCCGUGAAGAUCUUGGCCAGCUCUACAACUGACAUUGCUGCAGCUUCUGUUGGUGAGAACAGUCUGGUGGAGGCUGUCCGACAAAUAGAAGGUGAAGGAAAGGGACAUGAGGUGCUCGAAGCCGAAGCCCUGGAAGCGUUGGCCAAGGAAGCAUCCGAAGGAGCAGCUGUUGUAGAGGGUGAGGAGGAGCUGAAGUCUGAAGAGGAUGAGGAAGGAGCUGGUGCAGAAGAUGCACAGAUUCCAGCUGCUGAAGAAGUUGUAAGAGCAGGAGAGGAAGAGGCAGCGGUUGGAUCUCAUCCUCAGGAAACGACAUCUUCAACCCCCACAGUGGAUGAGCCCGAGGCUGAAGAUGCUGCUCCUGAGGAGGCCAUCUCCCCUGAAGAUGCUGCUCCUGCUGAGGACGCUAUCUCCUCUGAAGAUGCUGCUCCCGCUGAGGAUGCUAUCUCCUCUGAAGAUGCUGCUCCUGCUGAGGAGGCCACAAGUACUGCUGAAGCUGCUCCAGUGGAUGAGAGCUCACCAGAUGAGAUUGCACCUGCUGGUGAGGCAGCAGCUGAAACAUCUGCAGAGGAGACAGUUGAAGCUGCUGUGGGCACGACUCAGUUGGCAGCAGCCUCCGUUGGGGCAGACCUGGAGGUUCUUUCACCUGCAGACGCAAAGCUGACAUCAGGAUCUCCUCUUCAUGCAGAGAAACCCUGCCACUCCUGCCACGCUGCUCCCUCAGCAGGAGAGGAGGUGGCGCCACCUGCUGCUGUAGGAGAGGAGCUGGUCACUGAUGGAGGUGUGGACACUUCACAUGAAGCCAAGGAGGCGGGCUCCGCACAAAAGACAAAAGUGUCCAGCCUGACUGUAAAACGCUGCUCAGUGAUGUAAUGUUACAGUUACUACAGCCAUGGAGGCGACGGUGGUGGUGACGGUCCAGUCGUGACGAGACAGACGGUGUGCCUUCCACAACACUCACCUAUCUGUCAAUCAAGCCGGAGCGACCAGCGGAAAUCAAAAAACAUGAAUAGAGGUAGUCACAGGUGUAACUGACCCACGUGUCCUUUCUGAAGCGUUGUCUUCUGUAUUAGUGUUUGUGAGGUGAUUCCCACCAUGUCCUCUAGGUGCCACUGUUGCAAAACCUUUCAUGAUCAGCUGAGACUUUAAAGGUGUUUUAGUAGGCAGUGGAAGUGGGUUUGUGUUACUGUAACAUUAUAUUGUAUUGUAAUACUGUGUGAUAGACUACUUUUAUAGAUAAUUGGUAAUUAUUAUAGAUAAUUUUAUAGAUAAGUGGGCGUCCGCCUCAGUGUCAUUUACCUGCUCAUAUUAGCUGACAUAAUAACAUACACAUAAUAACUUUAUUUAUAUAAAGUUUAUUUAUUUAACGUUAUUUAUUUAUAUUUAUAAGACAGAGGAAAGGGAACACUGCAGGACAAAGGUAUAAACACAGGAAGAAACACACAGAGAAACACGGGGGGACUAAACCACCCAUCCACCCAUCCAUCCAUCCAUCCACCCAUCCACCCAUCCAUCCACCCACCCAUCCAUUCAUCCAUCCACCCACCCACCCAU